UAUAAACGGGGAAAUCGCAUUUUAAACCCUGAGAGUUUCGGAACGGUGAGAGUUCGCCCUAGAGAGAAACUCUCUCAAGCCCGCAUACCAAGGCGCCGUUCCGAUGGAUCUUCCCAGCUCCAACCACGCCGCUCUUCCCUCCUCUCUCUGAAUCAGCUCUGUUUCUCUCCAUGGUCAAGAUGAUGACUACUUCUCCGUCUUGUCUCAGGCCUCGUCCAGAUCCGCCGCCGCCGUUGUUCCUUUGCUUGAUGCAGCCUUGCUCCUCCUCCGUUAAGAUGUUGGUGACAGCUCUUCCACUUCCUUCACAGCCCAGGCCUCCUCCAGAUCCGCCACGUCCAAGCACUUUCCGGUUGAAACUCCCUCCCGUCAAGCCACCAGAACCUCCAGAUCCACCAGACGCCUCCGUCAGCCUCGUUCUUCUUAGAAUCUUCGUUAAUUUCUCCAGCUCUUCUCCACAAGUUACUCAAAUCCUAGAUUAUAUGUUUAAUCUUUCAAGGGAUUCAAGUAAGCUCAGUGAUGGUGCUGUUGCUCUUGUGUUCACUGGUUGCAUCUUUAUCAGCUCGGAAAUGGUCUUCUCACAGAUCUUAUUCAAGCCUUCCUUUUAUCCAUCCGCUUAUAGACGUCCAGGUUCACCUUAGCUCCUUGCUCUCUGGUCAUCCUUAUUCUUUUGAAUGGGAUGCAAUGCUAGAUGUGUUGGUGAUUCCGGCUUUAGUUGGUAAUGUACUGAUGGACUCAGUGUCCUUUGGCUUUAUCUUUGUGUCUCCUAGUGGUUUUUAUGUUGUGGUUAUACAACUCUUCACUGCAGUAUGCAGUCCUAUUAUUGUAUUCAACCUGGUUUGUGGUGCAGCGUAUGUGUCUUUCUCCUUUUGGUGGCAGUUGAAAGAGAAAAUCAUUGGGAUGUGUUACUUGGUGAAUAUGGUUAUGGCGGGUAUUGAUUGCCCGCUUGGCUCUUGUUUGGAGCAGUCUCUUUUCCCAAUAAUACUUCAUUUAUGGAGUGGAUGGGAUGAACAUGUGUGGCUGGUAUUGCAAGGAUUCUCCUCUCGGCUAACACUCUUCCCUGCCUUUAGUGCAGUGGUUGUGACUCUUAGGGUUACACGAGAUGCAAUCUUUCAAGAAACUUAUGAAACUGCUGUGAUGCGAUUUCUAAUGUUUACUUGUUGUGAUCUGUAUUUUCAUUUUAUCUUAUGUUUUAGCUGUUUCGUACUCUA